CCUGAUAAAAAAAAAACACACGAUCAGCUGUGAAACGUUUUGUACUGAAUUGGCACGUAUGAACCGUUAUUGUGCUAUAUGAGGAUUGCUGAUGCGUUGAACGCAGUGAUGGUUAACAAUUUUUGCUGACCUGACGCUCUUUACCAAAGAAAGCUAAAUUCAGGAUGUCAGUUGAAGAAACCAUGGCAUCACGGAGAAAUACCUUCAUUGUCAUGUAUCUGGGCAAUGCCAUACUGGACAGGAGGUAUCCUCCUCAGUUUGUCAUGCCUUGGGUAAUGGCAGAGGUGAAGCGACGAAAAGAAGCAUUCAAAGAGAUUCGUCUGGAUGUCAUGACCCACGUACUUCGAGCGACUGGGUGCCUUGACAAUACUAUCGUCUUUGAGCAUACCUUGCCAUCUUUGUCGAAGUUUGCUAAAACCCAUCAAGAUGCAUGCUGCUUUGCCUACCUGACUCGUCAUGAUCUUUACUGUGAUUACGAGUGUCAUGUUUUCCUGGCUCACAAUGAAGCUAUGGUACCAGAGUUGUUUAGUAGUAUACAGGAGGCUACACGACGGGACAUCACAAUAGAUAUGGUGGAGACGAAAGCCCCCGAGCCGGCCAAGGCCUUCUAUGAGGUGAUGUAUGUGGGUCGUGCCAAACUCAACACCAAGAAGAUAACCUGUGUCCACAUCGAUGAACUGUGUCACAAACUGUCAGAGAAGGAGAAAGAGCGGAAACAGAGACAGGAGGAACAGAAUGAACGGCGUCAACGCCAUGCGAGCGGUGCUAGUGUAAAAAGUCUGCCGGCUAGUCUGGACGAAGUUGUGUCAGUAACAGAGAAUGAACUUGGAGCUCAGAACGAGCGUCUACGAGGCAGCACCAUCCACAUCAACAGUCCAUCUAGUAGUGCUGAUGACCUGUCUGGAUGUAGUGAUGGUAUAAGCUCUUCAGAAAAUGUUCUAGAAAAUUCUGGACACUUUUCACAUUCAUACUCAGCAGAAGGUCUCUCUGGGUCUGGUGAUUCACGAGAGGAGAUUUGUGAUUUGGUUACUAGGGACCAUCUCAGCCAUAGUAACAGUGCUGACCUUGAUCAAGGUCAGAAAGAACUCCAUGUCCAUUUUAGUGAUUCCCAUCACUGUGAGUCGUCCAAGGACAAUCCUAACAAAACCAUGCUCUUUUGUCUUGGAGCCAGUGAUAUUUCCCUCAUUAGUCUGGACAAAAAGUCCACCAUCCUUGACCGACGGUUCAAAGAUAUCUCCUCAGUAUCACAGGGCAAAGAAAGACCAGAGGUGUUUGGAUUCAUAGUCAGAGAAAAAGGAAACACGUUCAUCUGUUAUAUACUGAAGUGUCAUUCCUGCUCCGUGGUUGAUGAGAUUAUGGCAGUCCUGAGGUCGGCAUUCCAGUCAGCUUACGAACAAAAUCGCCAACAGAUCUGUCAGAUGUGUCCCUUACAUCAGCUGCAUCGACUGUGCCAGGAGAUCAACAAUCUGUCUGCCCAUGAUGCCUAUGAACUGCUGGUGCGGAGAAUACAGAACCUUCCUGAGAGGGACACGGCUCUAGUUCACAACAUACUCAAGAUUGAGAAUCCCCAAAGCUAUGAUGAGAUGGUGGAAGUUGUGAUGAUUGGUCUCAGAAAGCUGUGUGAGAAUAAACAGAAAGAGCACUCCCAUAUCUCAGACAGCAAGAUGGCUCACAAAACAGAGUUCAAUCUACUAGAAGGCAAGGGGAAGGCAGCACUGGCAUUGGAUAAUCUGAAGAACCGCUGCAAGAAGAGUCUGGCUCACUCCUUUGAUAAUUUACUGGGCAGGAAGAAAGACGAGGCCAGGGAAGCGUUCAGACAGAGAAGUGGAACGGCAGACAGUGACAGCAGCAUGACCCGCUCAAUGGAUUCCUCAGCAACAUCCACACCUGAGGCUUCACCAAUGCCAUCACCAGCAUUCACCAAAGACGUCCACUUUCAGUUUCCAACGGGACCCCCUGUUCCAGUGGAAACCACUCCCCCUUCGUCUCCUAAAUUAGGACGUCCACGCAGCUCCACUGUCGGAGCCAUGCCAGAUGCUACCCUCAAGUCCCGCUACAACAACAAAGGUCACUUAGAGACCCCGCAGGAAGACUUCAAACAGCAUGCCUCACGUAGGGCUAGUACCAACAGUCCUAUGAAGCAAAUGUUCCUGUUUGUGGGGAGUGGAUCUAGACGCAAUACCCCUCCAUCCUCCACAGACACCAACGGAACCCCCCACAACUACACCCCUAAGCGACGCGGCUCCUGGAGGCAGGCUAUCUUCAACAGAGUUGUCACCCCUGCCCGGGCCCCCAUCAGUCCAACACUGCCUGAGAAACAGGAGGAGGUUACAGUAAAAGAGGAAGAAGAGGAGGAGGAGGAGGAAAAGCCUCAUCUAAGUCAGCAGGAGAUCCGCUCCCUGUGGAAAAAGGCCAUCCUUCAGACCCUCCUACUCAUUCGCAUGGAGAAGGAGAAACAGGACAUCAAAGGUGAGGGUUCCUUGUGUGGUCGGUGAAUAUUGUUUACUGUCAAAUCAGUUUGUUGUGGGGUCGGUGGAUAUUGUUUACUGUUGAAUCAGUUUGUUGUGGGGUUAGUGAAUAUUGUUUACUGUCGAAUCAGUCUGUUGUGGGGUCGGUUGAUAUUGUUUACUGUCGAAUCAGUUUGUUGAGGGAUUGGUGAAUAUUGUUUACUGUUGAAUCAGUUUGUGGAGGGGUUGGUGAAUAGUGUUUACUGUCGAAUCAGUUUGUGGAGGGGUUGGUGAAUAGUGUUUGCUGUAGAAUCAGUCUGUUGUUGGGUCGGUUGAUAUUGUUUACUGUCGAAUCAAUUUGUGGAGGGGUUGGUGAAUAUUGUUUACUGUUGAAUCAGUUUGUUGUGGGGUCGGUAAUAUUGUUUACUGUCAAAGCGGUGAAAGGAUCACACUGAUAUUUCUUUUGGAGCUAGAAUAACUAAAUUCAAGUUCAUAGAAACGACAGCUUGGUUGUCAUCUGUACAUUGAUCACUGUUCCAUCCACCA